AUGACAAGUCUGAUCCUUGCCCAAUUGAAUGGUUUGGUAUUUCCACCGGGUCUUGACGGAAAUUCAAAAUACUACGUGCAUCUGGAGACACGUAUUGGUAUUCACGGUAAACCAGAAAGAUGUGUGAACGCAGAUAAAGAGGGUUGUGGUGGUAUCGGCUCAUGGUAA